AGUUUGGUACCAGAGCACAAAGAGAUACAGUGAAAAAUCUGCAAGCGAAAAAGAAAAAGGCCCAGAAAUCUGCAGAUGCUGAAGAAAAAAGGAAUCGACGGAAAGAAGAAAAUGCGCUGAGGAAGGCAUAUGGUUAUUCUAAUGUUCUCGCUGCUACAGAAUAUUUUGAUGGCUUGUCUUAUAGACCGAGAACUAAAGAAACUCGUGAAACAUAUGAAUUAAUUUUGGCCUUUGUUCACCAAAAUCUUGGUGAUCAAGCACAAGAUGUGAUUCGUAGUGCAGCAGACGAUAUUUUACAAAUUUUAAAAGAUGACAAGCUUAAAGAUUUUGAUAAAAAAAAGGAAAUUGAAAAUGUUAUUGGAGCCAUAACAUCAGAUCGAUUUGCACAAUUGGUAAACCUUGGAAAAAAAAUUACUGAUUAUUACUCAGGAGAUAAAAUGGACUUGGAUAAGGAUAAUGAACUUGCUGGUGAGAUUGAUGAUGAAUUAGGCGUAGCAGUUGUAUUUGAUGAAGAAGAUGAAGAGGAAGAGGAAUAUGGAAAAUAUGAAGUAGAAUCUGAAGAAGAUGAGGAUGAAGGUGGGGUAGAAGCAGAAACUACUGGAGUUUUGGGUGUGGGCCAAAUUGAAGAAGAAAAAGCAUAUAUGUCAGAGGAUGAUGAAAAUGAAGGUUUUCGGACUGUUAUUGCGCCAGAAACUACAAAGUCAAAAAAGAUCGUUGGCUCGCAAGACGUUCAAAAGAUUACACCUCAUGAUAUAGACGCUUUCUGGCUUCAACGUUUAGUGUCAAAUUAUUAUUCAGAUCCACAUACAGCGCAAGACAAAACGUCAAAGACUUUACAAAUUCUUGAAUCUAAUAUUAACACCCGAGAUUGUGAAAACGAGCUAAUGAAUUUAUUCGAUUACGACAAAUUCGACCUUGUUAAAGUUUUAACUCGAAAUAGAGAAUUGAUUUUAUGGUGCACAAAACUCGCUAAAGCUGGUACCGAUGGAGUAGAGCGACAAAAUGUCGAGCAUGAAAUGCGAGAACGUGGGUUAGAAUGGAUCCUCAAAGAUCUUGGUGGAGAAAGAAUCCGUCGCGGUGAAGGUGCUGCACGGAAGGGCGUAGUCGAAGAUGCAAUGGAAAUUGAUGAAAAACCAGCUGUUGCGCAAGGUCCUGUGCCCGCGGCAGUUAAAGCUACGUUGCCACCCACGACAGUUGUACCAAAAGCAUUAGUUGACCUCGAAUCGUUAAUGUUUGCUCAAGGUGGACAUUUAAUGUCUAAUAAAAAAUGUAAGCUUCCCGAUGGGUCAUUUAAACGUUCUAUGAAAGGUUACGAAGAGAUUCAUGUGCCGGCACCGAGGCCAAAACCUUUCGCUGAUGACGAAAAACUCAUUUCGAUUAACGAAUUACCUGAAUGGGUACAACCAGCCUUUAAAGGCGCGAGGACACUUAAUCGUAUUCAAAGUAAGCUGUAUCCAGUCGCAUAUGGUGGAGAUGAUAACUUAUUACUCUGUGCUCCAACUGGAUCAGGUAAAACUAAUGUCGCCAUGCUUUGUAUCCUCAACGAAAUCAACAAGAAUCGUGAUGAGAAUACUGGCGCUAUAGAUACUGAAGCAUUUAAGAUCGUAUAUAUUGCACCGAUGAAGGCUCUGGUGCAGGAGAUGGUUGGAAACUUUUCAUCAAGACUUCAACCUUUCGGUAUUAAAGUAUCGGAGUUGACUGGUGACCGACAGCUUACUAAGCAACAGAUAGCUGAAACACAAAUAAUAGUCACGACACCAGAAAAGUGGGAUGUAAUAACAAGAAAAGCUACAGAUCGAAGUUAUACUAAUCUUGUUAGAUUAAUCAUCAUUGAUGAAAUACAUUUACUCCAUGAUGAUCGUGGUCCAGUUAUAGAAAGCAUUGUUUCACGCACUAUUCGUAACAUGGAACAAACACAAGAAAUGAUUCGGUUAGUGGGUCUUUCAGCAACGCUUCCUAAUUACGCUGAUGUAGCUAGCUUCCUACGUGUAAACCCAGAAAAAGGGUUAUUUCACUUUGACAGCACUUUUCGUCCGUGUCCUUUAAAGCAAGAAUUCAUUGGAGUUACUGAAAAAAAGGCUAUCAAAAGGUUUCAAGUUAUGAAUGAAGUAACUUAUACUAAAGUAAUGGAUCAAGCUGGUAAAAACCAAGUGUUGAUAUUUGUACAUUCACGUAAAGAAACUGCAAAAACUGCAAAAACAAUUCGAGAUAUGGCAUUGGAAAAAAAUACGAUUGGACAAUUUCUGCGAGAAGAUUCUGCUAGUCGCGAAAUUUUGCAAACUGAAUCAGCAACUGUCAAAGAUGCAAAUCUUCAGGAUUUAUUACCUUAUGGAUUUGCAAUUCAUCAUGCUGGUAUGACUCGAGCAGACCGAACAUUGGUAGAAGAACUAUUUGCAGAUGGACAUAUCCAAGUUCUUGUCUCUACAGCAACUUUGGCUUGGGGUGUGAAUUUACCCGCACAUUCAGUCAUUAUAAAAGGUACACAAAUAUACUCCCCUGAAAAAGGCCGUUGGGUUGAAUUAAGUCCCCAAGAUGUGCUUCAAAUGUUGGGUCGGUCCGGUCGUCCUCAAUUUGAUACAUUUGGCGAGGGCAUAAUAAUAACUUCACACACGGAACUUCAAUAUUAUUUGUCUCUGUUGAAUCAACAAUUGCCCAUCGAAAGUCAAUUCAUCAGCAAGUUAGCGGAUAAUUUGAAUGCGGAAAUAGUUCUAGGUACUGUUCGAAAUCGGGACGAAGCAGUACAAUGGUUAGGAUAUACAUAUUUGUACAUAAGAAUGUUACGUAAUCCAACUUUAUACAGUAUUUCUCUGGAUCAAUUGGACGAAGAUUCUUAUCUUGAACAAAAACGAGUCGAUUUAAUCCAUUCUGCGGCUUUAUUGCUAGAUAAAUCCAAUUUAAUAAAAUAUGAUAAAAAGACUGUAUUUGCACUUUCUGAUGAAUUUAAGUAUAUACCAGUACGAGAAGAGGAGAAGUUAGAGUUGUCAAAGUUGUUAGAACGUGUACCGAUCCCAGUUAAAGAAGGCAUUGAGGAGCCGACUUCUAAAAUAAAUGUUCUUUUGCAAGCCUACAUUUCACAACUCAAACUAGAAGGUUUCGCCCUGGUUUCAGAUAUGGUUUAUGUUACUCAGUCAGCAAGUAGAAUUCUCCGAGCAAUGUUUGAAAUUUGUCUCAAACGUGGUUGGGCACAAUUGUCGAGGAGGGCUUUAGAUUUAUGUAAGAUGGUAGAAAAGCGCAUGUGGCUCUCAAUGUCACCUUUACGCCAGUUCAAACAAAUCUCCUCGGAAGUUAUCAAAAGAAUUGAAAAAAAAGAUUUUCCCUGGGAAAGAUACUUUGAUCUUAAUCCUCAAGAAAUAGGUGAACUCGUUGGCAUUCCAAAAGGUGGCAAAACUAUAUACAAGUAUGUGCACCAAUUUCCAAAACUAGAAUUGCAAACAUUUGUACAACCCAUUACUAGGUCAUUGUUGAGAGUCGAGCUCAAAAUCACACCUGAUUUCCAGUGGGAAGAACAAGUUCAUGGAACAGGAGAAGCGUUCUGGGUAUUGGUUGAAGAUGUAGAUGGAGAAGUCAUUUUAUAUCAUGAUUCCUUUAUUCUCAAGCAAAAAUAUGCCGAGGAAGACCAUAUAAUAACAUUCACAGUCCCAUUAUUUGAACCACUUCCACCUAACUAUUUUAUCUCUGUGAUAGCUGAUCGAUGGUUACACUGUGAAACAAAAUUGCCCAUUUCUUUCAGACAUUUGAUACUGCCAAAGAAGUAUCCACCUCAUACUGAAUUGCUCGACUUACAACCCUUGCCUGUUACGGCUUUACGCAAUCGAGAAUACGAGGCUGUAUAUAACGAAUGGGUUGAUAAGUUUAAUCCUAUUCAAACACAAGUAUUCAAUGCAUUAUAUAAUUUAGAUGAUAAUGUAUUCGUCGGCGCUCCUACUGGAAGUGGAAAAACAGUAUGCGCUGAAUUCGCACUUCUUCGUUUGUGGUCGAAGCCAAACUCUGGAAGAUGUGUUUAUAUUGCACCAUUCCAAGAGGUUGUUGACCGUCAAUUGAUCGAGUGGAGACAAAAAUUUAGUAAACUUCAAGGUGGAAAAAAUAUAGUGUCACUUACCGGGGAGACAAGUGCGGAUCUUAAAUUGUUAGAAAAUGGUGACGUAAUUUUCGCUACACCUACUCAAUGGGAUAUUAUGUCUCGCCGUUGGAAACAACGAAAAGCCGUUCAAUCCGUAGCAUUGUUCAUUGCUGAUGAAUUGCAUUUAAUCGGUAGUGAUGUAGGACCAACUUACGAAAUUAUCGUAUCACGAAUGCGUUAUAUUGCUCAUCAAACAAAAAAUCCGAUUCGUAUUGUUUGUUUGAGUACAUCUCUAGCUAAUGCUCAAGAUCUUGGUGAAUGGAUAGGCGCAACGCCACAUACCAUUUUUAAUUUCCAUCCUAGUGUCCGUCCCGUACCGUUAGAAAUCCAUAUCCAGAGUUAUAAUAUUCCACAUUUUGCUUCCCUAAUGAUGGCUAUGGUCAAACCUACCUAUGCCGCGAUCACCACAUAUUCGUCUGAUCGACCUGCCAUUGUCUUUGUACCGUCGCGUAAGCAAUGUCGUCUAACUGCCGUUGAUUUGCUCACAUAUUGUGCAGCUGAUGGAGUAACGGAUCGCUUUUUACAUGCACAUUCUAAGGAUGUUGAAAGUCUUCUAGAUAAUGUCAAAGACGAGGCUUUGGCUGAGACCCUCCGUCAUGGUGUUGGCUUUUACCAUGAAGCACUUGGAAAGCAAGACAAAAGAAUUGUGGAACAAUUAUUUGAGAGCGGAGCAAUUCAAGUUGUUGUUGCGUCACGAGAUACUUGUUGGGGCCUGAAUCUGAGUUGUCAUAUGGUUGUCAUUAUGGGUACACAAUAUUUUGAAGGUAAAGAGCACCGAUAUGCGGAUUAUCCAAUUACGGAUGUACUUCAAAUGAUGGGCAGAGCCUGUCGACCACGUCAAGAUGAUACUGGUCGUUGUGUAUUAAUGUGUCAGGCUAUUAAAAAAGAUUUUUAUAAAAAAUUCUUGUACGAAGCCCUGCCCGUGGAGUCACACUUAGAUCAUUUCUUACAUGAUCAUUUUAACGCCGAAAUUGUAACAAAAACUAUCGAAAAUAAACAAGACGCUGUAGACUAUCUUACAUGGACAUUUUUAUAUCGUCGUAUGGUCGAAAAUCCAAAUUACUACGGUAUGCAAGGUUCAGAUCAUAGGCAUUUAUCAGAUCACUUGUCCGAAUUAGUGGAAACAACUGUAAAUGACCUCGCGGCUUCAAAAUGUAUUAUGCUUGAAGAUGAAUUGGAAGUUUCACCACUUAACUUGGGCAUGAUAGCAGCUUAUUAUAAUGUCAGUUACAUUACGAUUGAAAUGUUUAGCAUGAGUCUUAAUGAAAAAACGAAACUCAGAGGACUUUUAGAGAUUAUUUCUUCUGCGGCGGAAUUUGAAACUAUUCCUGUUAGACAUCAUGAAGAUAAUGUUCUCAAGAAAAUAUAUGAUCGUCUUCCAGUCAAGCUCGGUAAUCCUAAAUUUAAUUCCCCACAUAUUAAAACAAAUAUUCUUUUACAAGCACACUUUUCAAGAACACAAUUGCCACCAGAUUUGCAAUCUGAUCAAACUACUGUUUUGGGCAAGGUUAUUCCUUUAAUUCAAGCCGUUGUUGAUGUAAUAAGUUCCAAUGGAUGGCUAAACCUUGCAUUGUCAGCUAUGGAACUAGCACAAAUGAACGUUCAAGCAAUGUGGGAUCGGGAUUCUCCACUAAAGCAGAUUCCAUAUUUUACUUCUGAAGUAAUUAAACGUUGUGAAGAUCAGGGUGUUGAAUCCGUUUUUGAAUUUAUGGAACUCGAAGACGAUGUUCGUAAUGAUAUAUUGCGUAUGGACGUGCGACAAUUGCGUGAGGUCGCUCGCUUUGUUAACCGGUAUCCGAGUAUUGAUUUUAAAUUUUCUGUGAGAGAUGAAGACGAUCUCGUUUCUGGUUCUCAAGGCGUCCUAGACAUUAAACUUCAACGUGAAGUCGAAGAUGAAGAUGAGGAAUCUGUGGUUGGGCCAGUUAUUGCACCAUUUUUCCCUCACAAAAAAGAUGAAGGAUGGUGGAUUGUUAUCGGGGACACUUCUAAAAACUUAUUACUUGGUAUUAAACGAAUUACUUUGAAUAAGUCGUUAAAUGUGAAAUUGGACUUUACUUGUCCCUCGGAAGCUGGUGAACAUCUUUUAAAAAUUUAUUUUAUGUCAGAUUCGUACAUGGGAUGUGAUCAAGAAUUUGAUCUUCAAAUAACAGUCCAAGAAGGAGCUGAUGAUAGUGAAGAAGAGGAGGGUAAUGCUUCGAGUUAA